GGUGAGUGGGCGACGGGGCGGGCGCGUGCGUGAAUUUCAUUUUGCGGCGCGGCAGAAUCUCACCGCCCGGACGUCCAUACUUUCUGCGGACGUCCGUAGUAGCUGGGCUCGACGUCGCUCCAUCACCCCCAUCGCCGCCAUGAGGAAGAAGCCCAGAUUCCACUCGCUGAAGAAGCUGAAAGUGCGCCAGGACAUGUCGCGCUGGACGCUGUACAGCCUGUCGCAGCUGCGGCCGCCCAGCCACUUCGCACGCACAUACUUCCAGCAGAAGUGGACGGCCAAGGCGGCCACACGUGCGUACCACGGCGAGCAGAUCCGCGAGAAGAAGUGGGCGCGCAUGUUCCAGCGCACCGCCCCCGCCGUCGUGCCCAUGGACCACAAGUACCUGGCCGCCUUUGACGGCAGCGAGCAGGCCGCCGGCAGAGGCACCGGCGCCGACGCCACGGCCAAGCAGCGCGCGCCGCCCAUGACCCCGUACAUGCAGAUGACCUUCUUCCCGCUGGAGCGCCGCCUCGACACGGCCGUGUUCCGCGCCCUCUUCGCCAGCAGCGUGCGCCAGGCCCGCCAGUUCUGCGUCCACGGCUUGGUCACCGUCAACGGCAAGAAGAUGGUCUACCCCGGCUACAUGCUCAACCCGGGCGACGUCUUCCAGGUCGACCCCGCGAGCGUCAUGUUCGCCACCGGCGCCCCGAAGCAGCGCUCGUCCACCGCCCGCCGCGUCGCAAAGGAAAAGGGCGCCGCCCGCGCCGAGGCCCGCGACGCCGCCGGCCCAACCCGCCCUCCGCCGCCCGCCGCCGCCGUCCCCGCCGUCGCCGAGCCCUCCCCCGCCGACCUCAAGAAGCACCUGCAGACGCUGAUGGCCGACGUGGAAUCCGUGCUGAGCGAAGACGUCGGCGCAAAGGACAAGCAAAAGUUCCGCGCGCUGCGCCAGGCGAUCCGCCGCGCCAUCAGCCUGUGGCGGACAGCCAGCCCGGAGUCCCUCUCAACACUCGACACGCAGUUCGACUUCCUCAAGACCCAGCUCGCCGGCCGCCUGGCCCCGGCCGCAUCUGCAUCCCCCGCCGCCGCAGACGCGCCCGAACCCCUCUUCCCCGCCGCCGACCAAGCAAAAUUGCGCGCCGCCUUCGACAAGCUCACGCUCGAAACCACGCACACCAGCGCCUGGAACGCGCGCAACGCGUCCGCGCCCUUUGCGACCCCCUGGCGCCCGCGCGACUACUUCAGCGCGUUCGCCUUCAUCCCGCGCUACUUGGAAGUGAACCAGAAUAUCUGCGCUGCGGUGUAUCUCCGGCACCCUGUCGCGCGGCCGGGGCUGGCUGAGGUGCCGACGCCGUUCCAUGUCGAGACGGGGCAGUUGGCGUUUAACUGGUAUUUGCGCAGGCGGUAGGUGAGUUAGGGGGGGUGUAUGAUAGAGUGACGAUGUGGAGGGUAGAUAGAUGUAAAAUACGAAUGUGGGUACGCUUGCAGU